UAUCUGUGGUUUUGUUUUGUUGCUAAAUGCUGAUCUACUGAAAAUUGAAAUUUAGAUUUUUUAAAUCAUGUUAUAGAUUAUUUAAUUAAUGAGUGUGUUAUUAAUAAUACAAUGAAAAAGGAGCGCACAGGCGACAAUUGUCGCCCAUUCAAAUUAGCUCAUCAGAUUCUCAGUUUAACGGGCAUUAGUUUUGAGAGAAGAAGUGUUAUUGGCUUUGUGGAGUUGACUAUAGUGCCACUGACAGACAACUUGCGGUACAUCAGGCUUAAUGCCAAACAGUGUCGCAUUUAUCGUGUCUGUCUAAAUGACCAGUAUGAAGCUAACUUUCAAUAUUUUGACCCGUUCUUGGAUAUAUGCCAAAGUGAUCCCAACACGAGAUCCCUUGAGGUGUUCUCUCAGUACCAUCUGUCUGCUGCACAGAAAAUUGACCCUGACCAUAACUCUGGGGAACUUCACAUACAAGUGCCAGAUGAUGCUGCCCAUCUGGUGGGGGAGGGGAGAGGUCUCAGGAUAGGAAUUGAGUUCUCGUUAGAGUCACCUCAAGGAGGCAUGCAUUUUGUAGUGCCUGAGGGAGAGGGGACUUUGACUGAGAAGUCAGCUCACAUGUUCACAUAUGGUCACUCAGCUCGUCUGUGGUUUCCAUGCGUGGACAGUUUUGCUGAGCCUUGUACUUGGAAGCUGGAGUUCACAGUGGAUGAGGCCCUCACCGCUGUGUCUUGUGGGGAAAUGUUGGACGUAGUGUACACGCCAGACCACAGACGGAAGACUUUCCAUUACGUUGUUAAUACACCUGCGUGUGCGCCGAAUAUUGCUGUGGCUAUUGGACCAUUUGAAACAUAUGUGGAUCCACACAUGAACGAGGUGACACAUUACUGUUUGCCGAAUCUCAUGCAAAUACUGAAGAACACAGUGCGAUAUCUACACGAGGCGUUUGAGUUCUAUGAGGAGACACUGUCCACUAGAUACCCUUAUCCUUGUUACAAACAAGUGUUUGUGGAUGAAACUGAAGACGACUCAACUGCGUACACCACGAUGUCGAUACUAAGCACUCAUUUACUACAUUCAAUAGCUAUAAUUGACCAAACAUACAUAAGCAGAAAAGCAAUGGCCCAAGCAGUGGCCGAGCAAUUCUUUGGCUGUUUCAUAACUAUGCAGAAUUGGUCAGACUUGUGGUUGGCCAAAGGAAUACCUGAGUAUUUAUGUGGACUGUAUUCUAAGAAAUGUUUCGGUAAUAAUGAGUACAGGUAUUUGGUACACCAGGAGUUGCAAGAAGUAGUGGCUUAUGAGGAACAGUAUGGUGGGAUGGUACUAGAUCCGUGGCAGCCUCCAGCCAGCGGAGCUCGAGUGGAGUCCAAAGAUGUUUAUUAUUUCCCUGUUCGGAAUGUUCAUACUAUGUCGCCGAGGUAUGUUGAGGUGAUGCGAAAGAAAUCUCACCUAGUGCUUCGAAUGUUAGAACAGAGGAUAGGCCAAGAGCUGCUCUUGCAAGUGUUCAACAAACAGCUCUCUUUGGCCACCAAUGCAGCAAACACUAAGAUUGGCAGUGGAUUCUGGGGCCAGCUGUUGCUGUCCACCAACUUGUUCGUGAAAGCAAUAUUUACUGUCACCGGGAAAGACAUGGCCGUCUUUGUCGAUCAGUGGGUACGGACUGGGGGACACGCCAAGUUUCAACUGACUUCUGUAUUUAAUAGGAAAAGAAAUACAAUAGAAUUGGAGAUCCGUCAAGACUCUGUCCACGAGCGCGGCAUCAGGAAGUAUGUGGGCCCUCUAUUGGUGCAACUUCAGGAGUUAGACGGCACAUUCAAACACACGCUGCAAAUUGAGAACACAGUGGUGAAGGCUGACAUCACGUGCCACAGCAAGAGCAGAAGGAAUAAGAAGAAGAAGAUUCCUUUGUGUACUGGGGAGGAAGUGGAUAUGGACCUAUCUGCUAUGGAUGACUCCCCAGUGCUCUGGAUACGCCUAGACCCAGAGAUGUCCUUACUAAGGAGCACCGUGAUAUCCCAGCCGGACUACCAGUGGCAGUACCAGCUACGUCACGAGCGUGACGUCACCGCGCAGAGCGAGGCCAUAGACGCGCUGCACAACUACCCCGAGCCCGCUACGAGGAAGGCCUUGACUGACACCAUAGAGAACGAGCAGACGUAUUAUAAGAUCAGAUGCAGAGCCGCUCAUUGUUUGACGAAGGUGGCAAACGCCAUGAUAAGCUCAUGGGCGGGUCCGCCCGCCAUGUUGACGAUAUUCCGCAAAAUGUUCGGCUCCUUCGCCGCGCCGCACAUCAUCAAACAGAACAACUUCGACAAUCUGCAGCAUUACUUCCUGCAGAAGACUAUUCCUGUGGCCAUGGCUGGUUUAAGGAAUAUUCACGGCAUCUGUCCACCGGAAGUUGUCAGGUUCCUCCUAGACCUCUUCAAGUAUAACGACAACUCAAAGAACCAUUUCUCAGACAACUACUAUAAAGCUGCUCUAGUGGAUGCACUGGCUGCCACAAUCACGCCUGUUAUAUCAGUUUUACAGCCGGGUGCACCAAUAACAGCGGACUCCUUGUCAGCGGAUACAAAGCUGGUACUCGAGGAGAUCACUCGCGUGCUCAACCUGGAGAAGGUGCUCCCUUGCUACAAGAACACGGUGACGGUGAGCUGCCUGCGCGCCAUCCGCCGCCUGCAGCAGUGCGGGCACCUGCCCAGCAUACCCGCCGUGUUCAGAGCGUACGCGCAGUACGGACAGUAUAUUGACGUAAGACUGGCGGCUUUUGAGUGCUUAGUAGACUUUGUGCGGGUGGACGGCAAACCUGAAGACUUGUCCUCCUUACUGACUGCGGUGGAGAAUGACCCUGACCCGGGAGUACGGCACGGGUUGGCUCGUCUACUUGUGUCUAUGCCACCGUUCGAACGUGCUCAGAGGCAUAGACUAGACACCGAGGCUGUUGUUCAUAGACUAUGGAACCAAAUAAAUAGCCAAUUGUCAAAUGACGCAAGACUGAGGUGCGAUCUCGUAGACUUGUACUAUACUCUGUACGGACUAAAGCGGCCGAUCUGCGUGCCUCUGCCGGAGAUACAGGCGAUGAUGAAGCAGAUGCACAACAAGGAGAGGGAGAGGCUGGAGAGGGAAAGAGAGCGGAUGGAGAGGGACAGAGAAAAGAGGGAUCGCGAGAGGGAAUUGGAAGCGAAACCUGUAAUCAAACAAGAGAUAGAUGAAGUAUCCGUGAAGUAUGAGAUGGACGUAGCUCCUAUGGAGCCGCUGCCCAAACCCGAAGUGCCCCGGGAUGACAACCUGCCCAUACCGAUAGCCAGUAUUAAGGAGGAGGACAAUGUUGAUGUCACUACUGUACCUGAUUUGCCUGUCAGAGUAUAUAGCAGUGAUUACUCAAAACGCGAGUUCGUGUCAGACAACGCGGUGCCCCUGCCCGGCAUGUCAGGGUCUCUGGGUCCGGUCGGCUUCGAGCCCGGCAUGUUUAGACACGAUAAAGACGACUUGGGAGCUCCUAAGGCAAAGAAGAAGAAGAAGGACAAGAAGAAACACAAACACAAGCACAAACACAAACACAGCAACAAAGACAAAUCUAAAGAGCACAAAGACAAGGACAAAUCGCUUCCGCCCCGGCCUCCCUCCAGCACAGAACAUUUGAAGAUCAAAGAGGAGACGCGGGAAACUUUGAGCUCCUUUAGCUCGAGCCAAAGCCCCUCUGAAGAUAUAGCGUCCAUGCCCUCGAAUAUGAGUUUUUAAUGUAUUUAAUAUCGAAUUGAAAUCUUUAAAUUUUUAUUAAAUAUAUUUAAUAUAAUAUCA